AUGGUACUCAAUGUCGUGUUACAUCGUAUAGUACCACAUGGUUGGAUACAAGGUGGAGAUAUUUGUGGAGGUAGUGGUUCAAGUGGUAUGUCAAUAUAUGGUCCCACAUUUGCAGAUGAAUGUUUUGCUGUGUCUCAUGACAGUCGUGGUAUAUUAGGAAUGGUUAACCACGGCCUUAAUACAAACAAUUCACAGUUCUAUAUCACUUUAGCACCUGCUAAAUGGAUGGAUAGACUUAUGUUGCCUUUGGGUAAACGAGUGAUAGAGGGUACAAGAAUCUUGGAGAACCUAGAGAUGGUGGAUACCUAUAAUGAACCGACCGACCAAACAAUGUAUGAUAACUGA